AUGGGGAGCAGGAUCAGCAAUCAGACACAAGUAGCUGAGCAAGGGCUGUUCAGGAGGCGUUGUAGAAGAGCCCAGCCUUUGGGAAUUGCACGCGCAACAAAUGCAGCAGAUGCUGGAAGGGAGGAUGGUGGUGAUGAAGGAGAGGAAGAGGCCGAGGACGACUAUGACGAGGAGGGCUUCGACGAUGAUGCAACAUUCGAGGAGGGAGACUUUGACGAGUUCCUAGAGGAAGUCGAUGAACCGGAGGGUGAAGGGGGAGAGAUCCUGGAAGAGGCGGCAUUGGGCAGCACUGAGGACCGCUUGGGGCCCUCGAAACCGUUGAGCGGCGUCAAGGCAAUUGAGGUGGGGCUAGUGGACGUUGUGAAGGACGAUCUGGAUCUGGAGGAAGCCGAGGAGCUGGGGACAGUGGAGGAACUAGAGGGGAAUGAGGGUCUCAUUGCAGCAGAUGAAGAGGAUGACGUGGCAGAAGCCGUUUACACCGAAGACUACGAGGAGGAUGCUGGAAGCAGGGGGGAGCUGGUCGAGGAGGAAGAAGACGAGGGGGGGGCAGCCGCAGCCCGGGAGCAAAAGUAUGCGGCGCCCCCCCUGAACGCGGUGAACCUGGACGUGAACCAGAGCGUCAGCUAUCUGGACGACGACGCACUAGACGUGGAGUUCGAUGACGCGCAGGAGCAGUUCCUGGACGAAGUGGAAGAGGCGGACUACACGAUUGCACUGGGCGAGCUGCUAGAAAACGCCGGGGUCAAGCCUAUGCUAAUAGAGGGUGACCUGGACGUGGAGGUAUUUGGAAUUACGCAAGACUCGCGGCAGGUAAAGGAAGGGGACCUGUUCGUCUGUAUAAAGGGCUUGUCAACGGAUGGGCACCUGUACGCAGCAGAGGCGGUAGAGAAAGGCGCCAGCGCAGUGAUUGCGAGCGAGGAGGUCCUGGUGGGAGCUAGCUGUAAAGCUGUGGUCCUAGUAGAAGACACAACAGAGAUCCUGUCCGCGCUGGCCGGCGCCUUCUACCGGGAGCCGUCCAAGAAGCUGACGGUGGUCGGGAUUACUGGGACCAAUGGAAAGACUACAACUUCGUACAUAGUGAGGGGAAUCAUUGAAGAGAUGGGGCAGCAGACGGGGCUCUUAGGGACCAUAGCGUACUACGUUGGAAAGAAGAGAUUGGACGCGCCAAACACGACGCCGGACGCCAUUCGGACGCAGCAGCUGAUGGCGACCAUGGUGGAGAAGGACGUGUCCGCGUGCGUCAUGGAGGUGUCGUCGCACGCGCUGCAACUAGGGCGGGUCAAGGAGGUCGACUUCAACGUAGCGGUGUUUACUAACCUGACGGAAGACCACCGAGACUUCCACGGGAACAUGGACAACUACCGGGAGGCCAAGGGCAAGCUGUUUGCGAAAAUGACGGAUCCGGAGUGGCAUCGAAAGGUGGUUAACAUAGAUGAUCCGAACGCGCAGUGGUUCAUCAGCCAAGGAAACCCGGACGUUCCUGUCAUCACGUUCGCCUUGGAGGACGAGUCCGCCGACGUCUACCCGCUGAACGUGGUGCUGUCGCUCUUCGAGACCGAGCUGGAGAUCCGGACGCCGUACGGCAACCUGCAGAUCUCAAGCGGGCUCCUAGGUCGCCACAACAUCUACAACGUGAUGGCCGCUAUCGCCGUCGGGCUGGCCAUCGGCGCACCGCUCGAAGCGAUUGUGAAGGGCGUCGAGGAAGUGGACAACGUGCCCGGGCGGAUGGAGCUGAUUGACGAGGGGCAGCCGUUCGGUGUGAUUGUGGACUACGCGCACACGCCGGACGCGUUGGAGCGGCUGUUGGAUACGGUGCGGGAGUGCGGGCCAAACAGGCUGAUCACCGUCCUUGGCUGCGGGGGCGACCGCGACCGACAAAAGCGGCCGGUGAUGGGGAAGAUCGCGACGGACAAGAGCGAGGUGACCAUCUUCACGUCGGACAACCCGCGGUCGGAGCACCCAUACCAAAUUCUAGACGACAUGUUCAAGGGCGUCGGCUGGGAGCUGGACGACUACCUGACCUUCGGCUCGGAGAACGACUUCUACCCGCAGCUCGGCAACGGACACCGCCUCUUUGCAUAUGACCACCGGGCAGUCGCGGUGCGAUCUGCUAUCGCCAUGGCCCAAGAAGGGGACUGCGUCAUUGUGGCGGGCAAGGGGCACGAGACGUACCAGAUCAUCGGCGAGGAGCGCAAGUACUUCGACGACCGGGAGCACUGCCGCGAGGCGCUGGAGCGGUUGGACCUGCUGCGGACGUCCGGGAUCGACAGCAGCGAACUGCCCUGGCGGACGGAGUACGGCGAAUCCUGGGAAGACGAGGAUGAGGACAUUCCCAAGCACGACUCGGCAGAUAUCGCCAUGUAGUGACGGAGCGUGAGCAUCGAGUGAUAGAAAGAUAAUGACGUAGUGCUGGCAUCACUGCCCUUGGAUAGUGAAAAGUACCGGCGAGUGCUGGGAAGAAGAGGAUGAAGACAUCCCAAAGCAUGACCCCACCUAUAUAGCCAUAUGAACGACACAAGAUCAAGAAACUUCGCCAGCAGCUAUGAGCUGCCUGGUCCUGAUUCCAUGCCAAAAGGCAGUAGAAAGAAACAUAGCCGUUGGAGAGAGCAGUGAGACAGUAACGGGGCGCCAGAAAAGAAGAUAGAGAUUCAGUCAUCC